AUGUGGCACUUAAGGUUGUCAAGCACGUCAUUCGACCCAAGGGUGGUUUAUGAUGGACACCCUACAUUGUUUACCAUCAAGCUACAGCAUGGAGGUGAGUUCACAAAGUUUCCAAAUGUCAACUACAUUGAGGGUACUGUGACGUAUGUAGAUAUGGUGGAUAUAGAAGAGUUUUCUAUUCACGAGAUGGAUGCGAUUAUGAAAGGGUUAGGAUACUCAGUUCCUCCAGUUAUCUACUAUCAUUUUCGAGUGCCAAAGGGAGACAUGCAUUUUGGGCUACGGGCCCUAGGAAAUGAUGAUGAUGUCCUCAAUCUUUCCCAGUAUGUGAAGGAGCAUAAACUGAUAAGGGUUUACACCGAGCAUGCAAAUGAAGCUGCUUUAGCCUUGUCAAUAUCCCCUGAAUAUAAUAAGAAAAGGGAAUUUAUCAAGGACAAACCAUUGUCAUCAUGUAUUAAGAAAUUGGUGAUGGAUGAUGUUAGUGUUGAUAGGAUUGGUGGGAAUAAGGAUGAUGCAGAUAAUGAAAUUGACCACGGAUUUAAUGAAUUUGAUGAGGAAUGUAAUGAUAUUAACCAGGAUUUUAAUGAAUUUCAUGAGGCAUGUAAUGAUAUUAACCAGGGAUUUAAUGAAUUUGAUGAGGCAGCUAAUGACUUUGAUAUUGGAUUGUACCAACAGAUUUUACAGUCUAAUGAACAGAAUGUAGAUGAUGAGGUUCAUGAAGGUGAGGAAAAUACAGUUAAUAAGGAAGUCACUGAAGAAGAGAAUCAUGACAUAAAUGAAAUGAAUGAUGAGAAUGUAGAGAUGAGAGAUUUUGCAGUUGAUGAUGGAAGUGAAGAUAACAUAGAGAUUGAUGAAGACAAUACUGAAAGAAGUGAUGAGAGUGAGGACAGUGAUGAUAGUGAUUUCUGGGUGGAUGAAGACAACAUCAUCCCUGAUGUAGAAGUAGACAUGAGGGAUUUUUACAUGAAUAUAGAUCUUGAAGCAGAAUUUCUUGAAAAAAGAUUACCAAAGCAUAGAGAGAAUGACAGUGAUGAGGUCAAUGAAGAGUUGGAUGUUAUAGAUAAUGAUCAAUGGGAUUCAUUGGAUGAGGGUUCUGAUAUAGAUAGGAAAAGAAGAGCUGUAAUAAAGGAAUUGGGGAAGGAGACUAGGUGCUCUCAAGGUGAGAUACACAAGGUAACUUUUAGGAUAGGACAAAAAUAUAAAAAUAAGAAGGAGUUAAAGGAAAAGAUACAAUUGCAUGCACUGGAAACAAGAAGGAAUAUAUUCUUUGUGAAAAACGACAAAAUGAGGUUAAGGGCAAUUUGUAAAGGAACUGUAGCCUUUAAUGAUGGUCAUGUCGGUGAACCUACCCCUUGUCCUUGGGUGAUACAAGGUUCUAGGUCGGAUGUAAAUAGUAAUUGGUUCAUAAAAACUUACAACGACGAACAUAAAUGCCUCCAGACAAGAAAAGUUAGAUCUGCAACAGCAAAGUUUAUCUCUAAGCAGAUAAUGGACCAGAUUGAAUCCAACCCAACAAUCCCAGUCAGAGCUCUUCAAGAACAACUUCAAAAGGAUUAUCAAGUUGGAUUCUCUAUUCACAAGGUAUUCAGGGCCAAAUCAACUGCAAAAAAACUUGUCCAGGGUGAUUACAAAAAGCAAUAUGAUGUUCUUAGAGAUUACAUCCUGGAGUUGCAGUCUACUAAUCCAGAAACCACUGUGAAGUUAGAGUUUGAUUCAGAACCCAACCUAAGUGCUACCUCAAGAAGGUUUAAAAGGAUGUACGUGUGUUUGGGUGGAAUGAAAAAGGGCUUUAGAGCUUGCCUGAGGGAUUUUCUAGGUUUUGAUGGGGCAUUUAUGAAGGGCCCUUUCCCAGGACAAAUUUUAACUGCAGUUGGGGUAGACUCCAACAAUGGAAUAUACCCCCUAGCUUAUUCCAUUGUUGAGACUGAGAACACUGACAGUUGGAAGUGGUUUCUAGAGUGUAUUGCAGAUGAUCUGGACCUAUAUGCAAACUCAAACUUCAUAUUUAUAAGUGACAGACAAAAGGGAUUGCAGACUGCCAUUUCUCAGUUGUUCCCAUGUGCUGAGCACAGGUUUUGCCUUAGUCAUAUACAUGACAAUAUGAGAAAAACAUGGAGAACUAAUGAGUACAAAGAACACUUGUGGAAUUGUGCUACAGCAACAACAGUACCAGAGUUCAAUCAUAGGAUGCAUCAAUUCAGCUCAUAUGAUGUAGAAGCUUAUAAUUGGUUGAAGCAGAUUCCCCCACAACAUUGGGCAAGAAGCCACUUCACAGGCAGAGCAGUUUCAGAUAUGCUUCUGAAUAAUCUUUGUGAAGUUUUUAAUAGCAAAUUGAUUGAGGGAAGGGACAAGCCAAUGAUAUCCUGCUUGGAGUACAUUAGGGAGUAUAUGAUGAAAAGAAUAUGCAAUGUCAUAAAGGUUCAAAAGAAGUGUGUUGGUCCACUAACCCCAUCUGCAACAAAGAUCAUGGAGAAGAAUGUGAAUUGGGCAUCUCAGUACACAGUUAGGUGGAAUGGGUCAGAUAAAUACCAAGUGCAAGGGCCAUGGCAGGAUCAACAUGUUGUUGAUAUGGUUGAAAGAGUAUGCAGUUGUAGGAAGUGGGAAUUAACAGGACUCCCUUGUAAGCAUGUCAUUGCAGUCCUAAAUGACAAAGCAGAUAAUGGUGAGGAAGUUGGAGAACUGCACACUUAUGCCCACAGGGUGCACUGGCUAGAAACAUGGAAAGCAGCUUAUGUGUACAAGCCUGGAAGGCCAAAGAAAAAGAGGAGGCACUCUGCUGAGGAGAAAAGCCAGAAGAAGGGAGACAAUGUUGCUAGUGGUAGUGGGAGUCAAAGCAAUAUUGCUAGUAGGAGUGGAAAGCUUACAAGAAAGUUUAUCCAAGUAACCUGCAGCAAGUGUAAAAUUAAAGGGCACAAUGCUAGAACUUGCAAAGGCCAAGGGGGUAAGUGA